AUGCAACGCCCUGUCUUUUUACCGAAUGCUUCCUCCUACCUUGCCCCAGAGGGGGAUCCCCCUCUGUCACGCACUGGCUUCAUUAUUCUUUCCAUCAUUAUGGCCGUUUUCACUGGUCCAGCCAUCAUACUCAACGCUACAGUGAUUAUUGUGUCCCUCAUGCACAAGCAGCUGAGGCAGCCGCUCAACUACGCUCUGGUGAACAUGGCUGUGGCUGACCUGGGCACAGCCAUGACUGGAGGGGUGCUGUCUGUGGUCAACAAUGCCCAGGGGUACUUCUCCCUGGGAAGAACAGGCUGUGUCAUGGAGGGCUUUGCAGUGUCCUUGUUUGGCAUCACAUCUCUGUGCACAGUUGCUCUAAUCGCAGUGGAGAGGAUGUUUGUUGUAUGUAAGCCGUUGGGGCAGAUAACCUUCCAAAAGAAGCAUGCGGUUGGAGGUAUUGCCUUGUCCUGGCUGUGGUCCCUCACAUGGAACUUACCUCCCCUGUUUGGCUGGGGCAGGUAUGAGCUGGAGGGGGUCGGGACAUCCUGUGCACCAGACUGGCAAAACCGAGAUCCUCAAAACGUCUCCUACAUCCUGGCUUAUUUUGCAGUAUGUUUUGCUGUUCCUUUUGCCCUUAUCCUGGCAUCCUACACAAAACUAAUGUGGACAUUACACCAGGUAUCAAAGAUGGCCUGUGUGGAAGGCGGAGCAGUAGCUAAGGGAGAGAUGAAGGUGGCAUCUAUGGUGAUUCUGAUGGUCCUGACAUUUCUGAUCAGUUGGUUGCCUUAUGCCAGCCUGGCCAUGCUGGUGGUCUACAACCCUGAUUUGGAGAUUCAUCCAUUGAUUGGCACAGUGCCUGUCUACAUGGCCAAGAGCAGCACUGUGUACAAUCCUAUCAUCUACAUCUACCUCAACAAACAGUUUCGUAAAUAUGCCGUGCCCUUCCUGCUGUGUGGGAAAGAGCCCUCGGAACAGGACGAGGCGUCAGAAGCAGCAACAACUGUGGAGACUACAACCAACAAAGUGUCUCCCGCCUGA